AGCACGGAGCCCGAGGCGCCGCCGCGCGCGAGCCGAAGCCCGGGCGGCUCCUCCCGUGGAGAGCCGAACCGGACCGAGUCGAGCCGAGCCAAGCCGAGCCGGGGGCGCAGAGCGCGGGAGGCGGCGGCGCGGAGCCCAGGCAGCUCUACUGCUGAUGGAAGUGCUCCGGCCUGGCCGAUGAAGUUGGUACACACACCAUGUCAUCAUGUGUCUCUAGCCAGCCCACCAGCGACCGGGCGGCCCCCCAGGAUGAGCUGGGAAGCGGGGGUGUCAGCCGGGAAAGCCAGAAGCCCUGCGAGGCACUGCGGGGACUCUCAUCCUUAAGCAUCCACUUGGGCAUGGAAUCCUUCAUCGUGGUCACCGAGUGUGAACCAGGCCGGGGCGUGGACCUCAGCCUGGCCAGAGACCAACCUCUGGAGGCCGAUGGCCAGGAACUCCCUCUGGAUGCCUCGGAACCUGAGUCACGGUCCCUGCUUUCUGGUCGCAAGAUGUCCCUCCAGGAGCGGUCCCAGGGCGGGCCGGCGUCCAACAGCAGCCUGGACAUGAAUGGACGCUGCAUCUGCCCAUCCCUGUCCUACUCACCAGCCAGCUCCCCACAGUCCUCUCCCCGGAUGCCCCGGCGGCCCACAGUGGAGUCGCACCACGUCUCCAUCACGGGUUUGCAGGACUGUGUGCAGCUGAAUCAGUACACGCUGAAGGAUGAAAUUGGAAAGGGCUCCUAUGGCGUUGUCAAGCUGGCCUACAAUGAAAAUGACAAUACUUAUUAUGCAAUGAAAGUGCUGUCCAAAAAGAAGCUGAUCCGACAGGCCGGCUUUCCACGUCGCCCCCCACCUCGAGGUACUCGCCCAGCUCCAGGGGGCUGCAUCCAGCCCAGGGGCCCCAUUGAGCAGGUGUAUCAGGAAAUUGCCAUCCUCAAGAAGCUGGAUCACCCCAACGUGGUGAAGCUGGUGGAGGUCCUGGAUGACCCUAACGAGGACCAUCUGUACAUGGUGUUUGAACUGGUCAACCAAGGGCCUGUGAUGGAAGUUCCCACCCUCAAGCCACUGUCUGAAGACCAGGCCCGGUUCUACUUCCAAGAUCUGAUCAAAGGCAUUGAGUACUUACACUACCAGAAGAUCAUUCACCGGGACAUCAAACCUUCCAACCUCCUAGUGGGGGAGGACGGGCACAUCAAGAUAGCCGACUUCGGCGUGAGCAAUGAGUUCAAGGGCAGCGACGCCUUGCUGUCUAACACCGUGGGCACGCCUGCCUUCAUGGCGCCCGAGUCGCUCUCAGAGACCCGGAAGAUCUUCUCCGGAAAGGCCUUGGAUGUUUGGGCCAUGGGUGUGACACUAUACUGCUUUGUUUUUGGCCAGUGCCCUUUCAUGGAUGAACGAAUCAUGUGUUUGCACAGUAAGAUCAAGAGUCAGGCCCUGGAGUUUCCAGACCAGCCUGACAUAGCCGAAGACUUGAAAGAUCUGAUCACCCGGAUGUUGGACAAGAACCCAGAGUCCAGGAUUGUGGUACCUGAAAUCAAGCUGCACCCUUGGGUCACGAGGCACGGGGCCGAGCCACUGCCGUCGGAGGACGAGAACUGCACACUGGUCGAGGUGACCGAAGAGGAGGUCGAGAAUUCAGUCAAACACAUUCCCAGCCUGGCAACUGUGAUCCUAGUGAAGACCAUGAUUCGGAAACGGUCUUUUGGGAACCCAUUUGAAGGUAGCCGGCGGGAGGAGCGUUCCUUGUCAGCACCCGGAAACCUGCUCACGUGAUCGAGCUUCUCUGUAAACUUGAAAAUAAACAGACAGCACAAUGGUGCGAAGCCUGGGCCUCUCGGGGGGCUCUUCGGUUGGUGGCCAUUCCUUGGUGGUGUUCCUUCCCACACGUUGACAGCAAGUCAGAUGGCCAAGUCACAGUUCAUGCAGCUGGCCGGUGGGUCCCUUGAUGUAGGCAUGUCCUAGGGUGUCGUUAUUCAGUGCAGUUCUGAGACCAGACACGUCCACAGUUCUCGGAAGCAGGGUAGGAUGCACAUUCCGGGGUCCCACGUAAACUGCUCCCGGGUGAGUGCCACCCAGCGGUGGGAGCGUGAGGGUAAGGGCAGGACUCUGUGAGGUUGGAUGGGGGAUAUCUGGACUUUUUACUCUCUGUUAUGGGGGGGAGGGGGCACAGGAGGCGAAAUCUGAGAAGUCCCAAUCCAUGCUGUGGAAAUAUGGGUUAUUGUUAGGUGUGGUAUGCAUGCCUGUCAUCCCGGUACUUGGGAAGUGGAGGCAGGAGGAUUCCAAGUUCAAGGCCAGUCUGGGCUGCAUAGUGAGAGUCUACCUAGAAGGAAGGAACAGAGGCCGGGAGCCAAGGGAAGGUUCCUGUCUAGAAAUGCUGUGGGGAACCUGAGGGUGUGGAGAAGCCAUUUCUCAGGGCUCGUCACUGCGCAGGCUUCAGGGGCUUCAGGGGCUUCAGGGAGUCCACUCAUGCACAUACGAGUGAGAUCCUGUCACUGACUCCCACACUUACGAGGUAGUACCAGGCUGUACCAGUGAGUAGAUGCCACUGAAUACAAGAUGGCCCUGGGUGAGCAAGGUAAACAGUACCCCAAAUAUCCAUCCCUCACACCCUAAAGUGAGGUGGCGUCAUCAUGACUUCUCAGUGAACAAAGCAUGACCCAGACUGGGACUGUUGAUGUAACAGAGUGCCCCAAACUGCCUGAUUUGCAAAUAGAAACUCUCGAAAUGUCUGGAAGCCAAGAACACCAUUCCUGCAGAUACUAGGUCUGCUGAGGCCUCCUCUGUUUCUAGGAUGAUGCUAACACACAGAAGGACCAUGAAGACAUGGGUCCUCCUGUUAAGCCUUAGUCAGGGUUUCUAUUCCCGCACAAACAUCAGGACCAAGAAGCAGGCUGGGGAGGAAAGGGUUUAUUCAGCUCACACCUCCACAUUGCUGUUCAUCACCAAAGGAAGUCAGGACCGGAACUCAAGCAGGUCAGGAAGCAGAAGCUGAUGCAGAGGCCAUGGAGGGACGCUGCUUACUGACUUGCUCCCGCUGGCUUGCCCAGCUUGCUCUCUUAUAGAACCCAAGACAACCAGCCCAGGGACGGCAUCACCCACAAUGGGCUGGGGCCUCCCUCCUUGAUCACUAACUGAGAAAAUGCCUUACAGCUGGGUCUCAUGGAGGCAUUUCCUCAACGGAGACUCCUUUCUCCGUGAUAACUCCAGCUUGUGUCAAGUUGACACGCAAAACCAGCCAGCACGCAGCCCUUUUAAUAAAGCACUUAAACCCUUCCAAGGUGGCUCAGUCCCUUCCAAGAGGCUCCCUCUCCUCAUCUUCUCACACUAGAGAUCCAGUUUCUAAGAUGCGAAUUUGGGGGGGGGGCAUAGUCUAACCGUACCAGCAUCCCUAAAAUGUCCCGUUCCAUUUGAUCUGUGUUCACGUGGAACCUAAAAAAAGAAACAUCCCUCUGUGUGUGUGUGUGUGUCUGUCUGUCUGUCUGUCUGUGCACGUGUCAUGGUUGCCUGUGAAGGAGAGAGGCAGAGGUCAGAUCCCCUUAGAGGUGGAGUUACAGUCAGUUGUGACACCUCUGAUGUGUGUGCAGGAAAUCAAACUCAGGUCCUCUGUAAGGACAGCAGGGGCUCUUAACCACAGAGCCAUCUCCCGCCAUGAUGUGACUCUUACAACAGCCCAGCAGUGGUGAUGCACGCUUUUAAUCCCAGCACUUAGAGGCAGAGGCAGGCAUGAGCUCAGAGCCAGCCUCGUCUACAGCUUGAGUUCCAAGAUGGCCAAAGCUACACAGAGAAAACCUUUCCCCAAAAAAACAAAACAAAACAAAAAAGCCACACAAACCAGAGUUUUGUUAAAAACCAUUUCAUAAGCCUUACCUCCCCUAACCUCAGCACAUUUUUUAAAAAGAUUUAUUCAUUUAUUAUAUAUAAGUACACUGUAGCUGUCUUCAGAUACACCAGAAGAGGGCAUCGGAUCUCAUUAUAGAUGGUUGUGAGCCACCAUGUGGUUGCUGGGAAUUGAACUCAGGACCUCUGGAAGAGCAGCUGGUGCUCUUAACCACUGAGCCACCUCUCCAGCCCCCACCUCAGCACAUUUAAAAACAAAACUUCUUGCCAGAAGCAGUCUGAGCUCUCCUGAGUAUGGCAGGCUAGCCCACCGUAGAAUUUACCGCAGAGGCUGUCACAAUCAAAUACCGACAGCAGGAGGUGCUCCAAGGCGAAGAGCCUCUUUAGAGAUGGUGGAGGGUGCAGUGCGGGAUGUUGAGUGCCCUGUGGGCCAGGGCAGGACAGAGGUGGCAUGUAGGUACAGCCAGACAGCCAAGGCAAACUUUGAAAGGUAAAAGAAGACCUACAUCCUGCUGUUGUGAGGGACAAGUUCUUCUGGUCACUCAUUUAUCUCAGGCAGUGACCAAAGCAGUGGUUAGGGACUCUAGCUGCUCCUAGAAGUGGCCCUCACUGCAAGACCAUGCAUAUACACCACUUCCUACCAGGCAGAUACACACAAAGACCUCCCACCCCAGCCUGACCACUUCUUUGGUGACUCCAUUUGUACAUUGACAACUUUCAUAACAGAAGGAGGAUCCGGCUCACACGCCGAGAGACAACAGACAAGAAUCUUUAAAAAAUUAUUUCUUUUAAUGUUUGGUCCUAGGUCAUUUCAACACAGCCCUUAUAAAAGGAAAAGCUAACCCUGCCUUUGCUACAAGGACAACUUCUCUGAUUAUAGGGAAGAGGAAUGGUGUCCCAGGCCUGCUGACAGCACCUGAGAGAGCCUCCUUCCUUAGAAAUAAAGUGCGUGGACAGAGCCUGGGCCUGUCCGUAAGCCACAGCAGUGUCUCUGCUCUCAGACCCUUCCUACCUCCAUACGCUCACACUGUAUAAGCCACAGGUGGCCCAGC